UAAAGACGGUUUCAUACCGCGCGUUAAAUUUAAAUCUAGCUUUCAACUCAAGUCGCCAACUUGUUACUUAUACUACUACUUCUACUACUACUACUACUACUACUACCAUCUCAUCACGUUUGAGGAAUACUAAUAGUCUCCUACCAAAACCCAUCACCCACAUCCGCACUAUGGCUUCCAUACCGAGUACCAUGAAGGGCAUCGUCAUCGACAAGACGGGUGGUACUGAGGUGCUGAAGCACAAGACCGACUUGCCGGUCCCCGCGCUCGUGGACGGGCAGAUUUUGGUCAAGAAUGAUUAUGUCGGCGUCAACUUUAUCGACACGUAUUUCCGUACUGGUCUGUACCCAGCGCCACAAUUCCCGUAUAUCCUCGGCCGGGAGACGGAGGGCACUAUCGUCAAGACGGGCGGCGGAGAGCUGUACGGGCUGAAGGAGGGUGACAGGGUCGUGUGCUUAACCGAGGGCGCCUACGCAGAGUACACCAACGCGCCCGCAUCAAAAGCCAUCAAGAUCCCCUCCGGCAUCGCGCCCAAAGUCGCCUCAGCAGCUUUACUCCAGGGCCUCACGGCGCUGACCUUCAUCCGCGAGGCGCACCACGUGGAAAAGGGAGACUGGGUGCUCGUGCAGGCGGCGGCGGGCGGCACCGGGCAGUGGCUGUGCGCGCUGCUGAAGAUCAUCGGCGCGCACACCAUCGGCACGGCAUCUACCCCGGAGAAAGUAGCGCUUGCCCAACAAGCCGGCGCCGAGCACGUCAUCAACUACGUCUCCGACCCAGACGUGGAGGGCAAAGUCAAGGAGCUAACCGGCGGCCGCGGCGUCGUGGCCGUCUUCGACGGCGUCGGCAAGUCCACCUUCGACAGCAGCCUCGCCUGCGUCGCGCUAAAGGGCACCCUCGUCUCCUUCGGCAACGCCUCCGGCGCCGUCCCGCCCUUCACCAUCGCCCGUCUCGCGCCCAAGAACGUGCGGCUGCUUCGUCCUACUGUAAACGGGUACAUAUCCACCCGCGAGGAGCUGGUCCAUUAUGCGGAUGAGUUGUUCGGGUUUAUCCGCGACGAGAAGCUGGACCCGAGAAUCUAUGGUGUGUACCCGCUGAGCGAGGUGGCGAGGGCGCAUGGGGAUCUGGAGGGCAGGAAGACGACGGGGAAGUUGUUGUUGGAUCCUAGUAAAUAAGGGGGGGUGGUGUAGGUUAGAGGCAUCCGUAGGUCGUAGUAGUGCCAGAAGCAGCACCGCUGAAAUACUAUAAAAGUUAGAUUCAUCGUCUUGUUCAAAGACUUCUAAGGUUAUAAAGUGAGAGGAAAGGUGUUGGGUAGACACCUACCUAUUUUUACAGAAACUACGUAUCUUAUCGUAUCGUAUACACGAUGGACAGUGAGCCCUUUUACUUUUACUUUUACGUUUACGUUUACUUUUAUCAGCAUCAAGCAAGCACAUUAAUAACCUACGAAGCACUAUAAA